AGACUUGGCCGAGUUCGGAGCUUCCUGCUUCAGAAAAGUGUUUGCGUUCUGCGUUGGCGCCUAACCUCCCCCCACUACCCAGUGUCGUUGGUGGCAGUGGUUCGUUAAGGACUGAGGUGGCUUUAAGGUGGUGCAUCACUGACUUUUUGGGGACUUUUCCUUGGAGGAUCCGGCGGGUUGAUAUCCCACGGGGAAAGGAGAGUUGCUGUGCGGUGUGUUGUUCGGAUUUUCCGGAAGUGUUCUUCGAAGGAAGAGAUAAACUUUUCAUUGGCAGUAUCUUCACCACGUGAAGACGAAGGAGUAGGAGAACAUCGAGUGCUGAUUACUUAUUUAAGGAUCUCCCCAACUUGGCGCUCGGUUGGUUAGUGGAUGAAUUUUACAGCACUUCUUGGUCGUCUAUCACGUUCCGGACACGUGUAUUUGGGCGAAAAUCAAUUCUGUGCAAGAAUACUGAGCCCUAGUGCAAGGUAGUUGUUCAAUAACUCUGUGUGACUCCUUUUAUUGGUUCUUGCUGCGAAAUCGUGGCAGGAAUUGCUAACGAAACAGUUCGCCGAAAAAAUUAACGCGGGGAUAUUUUUGUACCGAGAAACGAGAAGGCGCCAUCUGGCGGUUGUUUGUGUCGCGCGUGUUUUCGCUCAUUUUUUCAUCGCGGAAAAAUUCGGAAAAUUCGCACAAGUGGCAAAACGUGAAAGGAGAAGGCAUAAGAAGAAGUAAACAUACACACACUUUUUAUUGGAUACAAAUACGAGACAAACAUCCGGAAAUUGUGUGAGUUGUGGAAGGAAAAACACGUCGGAUUUUCACGCGAGGAAAAACGUGUGCGUGUGUGUGUGUCGUGAAAAAUACUUGAGCUCUUGUGCGAUCGUGCGUGUGCCGCUUUCUGUGUGAAGGCGGGUGUGUGUUUAUCAAAGAAGUGUAAACAGUUGCGGAGGUGUAUUGUGAAGGAGGAUACUUAAGGUGUGGUUAAGUGGAAUUUUUCUUGGUGACGAAAAGGACAUCCAACGUUUAGGAGGAAGGAUUAUUUUGGAUUGGAAGAGAAUCGCCACGCAAAUCUCACGUGCACCGAACGUGCUCAAUCCGAUCCAGCGUUUGAGAUCCCGUCCGUGAAUGACAACUACCGUCCUCGCAGCAACGUCCACGAGUUGUCCGCCGCAAGCCAUCGAACUCCGCCGCCGCCGCUAGUCGACAUGCUGCGGUCAUUUCGGGAAACCCGAUUCCGUCCCGCAAAACGGUGGCACACGCAAUCUUCACUGGUCACGACGACGGUUCUGCUGCAGCUGCUGCUCGCGCUGGGCCAAAAUGUCACCCUGGCGGCCGAUCCAGUCGGAACUGGUGGCCCGUCGGUGGUCCACGAGGGUGACGACGCGCUGCUGACCUGCGUGGUGAUGACCCCGUACAACAACGACACCGUCCUGUGGCGCAAGGGCCCCAACGAGAUCCUGGCGGCGGGCACGAGCCGCGUUACGAGCGAUAAACGCAUCAGCAUUCUGCACGAUGAUUCACCCAAGGGCAGGACACCGCUCGGCGGAGACGUUUGGGUUCUGCUAAUUAAAGAAGCCCGCCUCAACGAUACCGACGUUUACGUUUGCGAGGUGAACAGCGAUCCGGUCGUGCAGAGCUUCCACCCGCUGCGAGUUAAAAAGGCCAAGAAGCCUCACACGACCGAGUCCUCGUCGACCUCGGAGUCAACCACUUCCGGGAACAAAUCGUCAACCACCGAGCAUGACGAGGACGACGAGGACCAGGAAGACCUGGACGAGGACGGCGAGGAGAUCGUCCCGGAGGGUGGUCCCCGCGUCGAGCACGACUUCACCGGGUGCUGCCAGGCCAACAACGUGAGCAGCACGUGCCUCGGGUUCUGCGUGCUGCACAACAUUCUGGACGGUUCGACAGGGGUAGAGCCGGAGCAGUGCGAGAAGGACUUCCCCAACAUCGUCCGGUGCAUGGCCGACGGUCGGAACCACGUGCCGUGCUGCGUCGAGAAGGGCAUUCCGGACCUGUGCCAGGACAUGUGCCGCGGAGAGUACACUCCGUUCACGGAUCAGCUCAAGUCGAGGGUUUCCUGCGUGCAGCACACCCUCCCGGGACUUCAGUGCAUCCUGGACAACAUCCAGAAGCUCCCGUCCGAGCCGCAAUCCGUGUCCGUUGAACCCCUCACCGAGCGAUCCCUGCAGGUGAGCUGGUCUCCGCCGGAACGACUGGCCAAGACCGUAGACUACUACCAGAUCAACACCACGCGGCUUCACUCCUUCGACCAGGACAGUCUGGCCAACAGUACCAAAGAUAGUUUGAUAAGCAUUCGGGCGUCCCCCGACCAAAGUUCGGCCAUCAUCAGCAAUCUGGAACCGUUUACGAUGUACACGGUGACGGUUAGUGCCCAUAAUGGGUUUGGAUCUAGCUUGGCUAGUAUGAGGAUUCGGGCGUUGACGUUGGAGAACGGAGUGGUGAACAAACAGACGAGUGUGGCGGUGGUUCCAGUGUUGCCAGACGUCCGCGGCUGCUGCAUGAAAAACGGCGUCACCCACCGCACCUGCCUGGACAAGAUGUGCGACCCGGUGAAGGCGGACUUUACCGAGGUUCCGGACCUGAUGGUGUGCGCCCCGUGGGCCAACAUUACGUUUGCCUGUCUGGCCAACAAGAUGGACCACACGCCGUGCUGCAAAGCCCGCGGCAUCCCCGACGGGUGUCUCUCGUUCUGCUCCGGCACCGUCAAGGCCAUCAACUUUAACCAGUUCAAGUGUCUGCAGUACAUGUCGGACUACAGCAGCUGUCUGCUGCAGGGGUACGGAGUUCUAUCCGGGCCUCCGUCGAAGCUGAAGGCCGUCCUGGUUGAUCCGCACUAUGUGGUUCUGGAGUGGAAUCCGCCAAAGAUCCUGCCGGACACGGUUGUUUCCUAUCAUUUGCACUACAGGAGGCUGGGAAGUGGUGAAGAGUACUCGGUUAUUGAACGGGAACAGUCGCCGGUGAUUGUGGAGGAUCUGGAAGCGGGUCAGUACUACGAGGCGUUUGUGGUGGCGGUCAAUGCUCACGGGAAGGGAGGACCUUCGCCGCGGUUGGUGUUUCAAACGAAACGAGAGAUUCAGCUUGAAAAGGCCACCCCAGCGUACAACAUGUCCGCGUGCUGCCACGCUUCCGGUUUACUCCCGCAGUGCGCACCCCUCUGUAGCUACGACGUCAAAAUGUCCGACCUUCAAAAGCUGGGCAACACCUGCCGCGGUCAAAUCGGAACUAUUGUCCGAUGCAGCGCCGGAGGACGGAAUCACAGUCCUUGCUGCGCCCGCCGUGCCGUCCCACCCAAAUGUCAAUCCUUAUGUCGGGGAGUGAUCACCCAGAGUCCAGCGGAUUGCCUACCGUACGCCGGCAACAUCAUUCAGUGCUUCGAGGAGGGAAUUGGCCACAUUCCAUCGCCGGUCGAAGAUCUGCACGUGACGUCGGUGACGAACACUAGCAUCUCGUUGGCGUGGGUUCCGUCGGAGGUUGAUCCGAACAAUACCGACAUCAAGGCUAGCGAUUAUCUGGUGCAGUAUGGGAAGGUCGACAACAUGACCAUGUACGAGACGAUCAUCAAGCUGGAGAAUGAAAUCAACACCACGGAAACCGAAAUCGAGCUGAACAAUCUGGAACCCAAAGCCCUCUACCGCAUCACGGUGAUCGCUCGCGGACUCCACGGAACGUCCCUCCCCUCAUCCAUGCUUCUAAUCAACACCUCCCGAACCGACUCGGCCAGUACCGUGUACGGCGCACCCUCACCUCCCCACUCCCUCUCGGUAUCAUCCCACAGUGCAACCUGGAUCACCGUGGCGUGGCAACCGCCAGAGUUCUCUCACCCGCACGAGACCAUCACGUACCGGGUUAUCCACAAGGUCGCCAACAACUUCACCGUGAUCGAUACCCGGCUGUUGUGGGUCCGAAUUGCGAACCUGCAACCAAACACCCAGCAUAUCAUAUACGUGGUGGCGCUCGGUGCCAAGGGAACCAGCUUGCCGUCGGAGACGCUGGUGGCGUGGACCGAUCCAGCCCUGCCGGCGUUCGUUGAUCCCCCAACGGUGCACCCGUCCGACAUCAUCUCCGAGGGCGGCUCGAUGACGAUCCUCUGUCUGGCCCUCGGAAACCCCGCGCCCACAAUCUCCCUGUACGUGGGCGGCCACCUCGUGCGGCAGGACACCUCGCGGCACAUGAUCACGGUGAUCCACAACGUCACCACCGACAUGGAGCACAUCUCGUGCUACGCCGACAACGGGUACGGCAUCCCGAUGCAGGCCAGCAAGAAGGUCAACAUUAGCUUUGCUCCAAGAAUUCAAGCGUCCGGUAUUACGGUAGCGUCCGUUGGUGAGUCGGUUGAUCUCAAGUGUACAGUGCGGGCGAGGCCCAUCCCCAAGACCAUGUUCUGGCGCGAUCACGACGGUCGAAUCCCAGUCAUUCAGGGCGGUAACUUUGACAUGUCGAUGAGGAAUGAUGUUGACGACACCUCUCUGUACACGAUGACCCUGACGAUCAACAAGCUAACCGCCCAGGAAGUUGGGGACUACUUCUGUCAUGCCGAGAACGCCCUCGGCUCGUCGACCCGUGCCGUCUCGGUGCGCAUCCGGAACACGGCGGCCUCCAGCAACAUCUCCGAGUGUUGCGUGGCCCAGAACGUGUCGUCCGCCUGCAUGAGUGCCUGUUCGUUCUACAUCGACAUCGAGUCGGUCAUCGAUCGGCCCGAGUGCCUGGUGGACUUUGACAAGCUGAUGAAGUGUGCCGCCGACGGGUCCGAUCAUCGGGGAUGUUGCGCUUCGAAGGACGUUCCGCGGCGGUGUUUGAACUGGUGUCGUGGAGAGCCGAUUUCGCCGGCCGGGGUUUGUGCGCUGCAGCACACGCGGACGAUCGUCGGUUGCUUCCAGGAGAACCGCGAGCGACUGCCGGGACCACCGCAGAAUCUGCACGUGCAGGUGCUGAGCGAUGAGGAAGUUAUGAUCAAAUGGGACCCCCCGACCAAGAACCCGCACACCGUCGAAGGCUACCGGGUGUUCUGGCACGAUCUGGAACCGAUCACCGACAACCUGUCCAACGUGAUCAGCGGCCUCGGCACGAGCCGUCUUGACGCCAAGGAAACCAGCAUCAAGCUCGAGGCGCUCAAACCGAACGUCAUGUACGAGCUGGUCAUCAAGGCCGGCAACCACUUUGGGGCGUCGGUCCUGUCGGAACCGCUGCGCUUUACCCUCGGGGACAAUCACAUCACAUCGGCUUCGCAGGCGUCGAAUGCGGGCGUCAUUAGUGGAAUUAUCGCUGGGAUACUGGCGAUUGCGCUGGCCAUCGCCGCCCUGGUCAUCAUGAAGAAGCGACGCGUUGGGCAGAAACAGGCCAAUGGAGGGGUGGCGUUCGAGAACCCGAGCUACCUGCGGGAGAUGAACGUCGAGCAUGUUCAGAUCCCGGCCGUCUCCGGCACCCCGGGCACGACCGACUGGCGGCAGGAAUCGCUGCAUGCCAGCACGGGGGCCAGCACCACCAACGGAACGGUGGCCACGACCGGCCUCGGAGGCCACGACAACAACUCGGUCGUCCCGAUGGCCACCGAGGUGAACCCGUCGCUGUACGAGGAGCUCAAGCUCGGCCACGACCGGGCCGGCUUCAAGCGGCUGGUUUCUUAGGAGGAGGAGUUGGUGGCCGUCAACGGUUCCAGCGCCCUCUAGGGUGGGGCGUUCUGGCGUUUUUUUAAUGUGUUACAAAAGUGUACUUGUAAAUACCCUCCGAUGGGGCGGUGGCGUGCAGUUGCUGCUGCCGCGGCGGAGGAAUAUCUUUAUACAACCACAAAAAGUGUAAGAAAUAGAUGUGAUCAAAGUGAGAGAAAGAGAAAGUGAAAGAGAGUGGAGGUGAAAGGUAUGUUUUUUUUUUGUAUUAGUCGUGAACGAGCGUAAGAUGAUUGAUGAAUUUUUAGGUGCUGAUUAAGAUUUUUUAUAGAAUUAGACGAAUUUUUCUAUAGACGAAUGUAGUGAACGUUUUAACACAAAUCUCACACACAAACACACGAAACCAUUAAACAUAAAUCGGAAUAAAAAGGAUUAUUAUAAAAUCAAAACACAAACACACAGCAAACCGCACUAACACACAUCACAAAACAACCCCCGAACAAACUGUGUAGUAUUCGUAUAAAGUAGACAAGUUUAUCAGCAAUUAAUGAUGGAGGAAACCAACACCACCAAUCUAGUCAAAUUGCGAGCCCAAAUCGCAAAAAGACAUCAAUCAGUUCACCAACCAAAAGUGACGAAAAGCGUGUGAAACGACAAACUCACAAAAAAAAACCAGUGGCAAUAAUUCGUUAAGUUACCCUAAUUAACGUCAAUAUUUAAAACAGAAGCUUGUUCAUUUUUUAACCUCUUUGCUAAUAAACCUGCACCCAGUGAAAUAAGGCCAGCCACCCCCAUAAUCCCAUGAGAAUAGUUGUUAAAAUGCUCCCCAAUCGAGAGUGAUGUGUGUUUUGGCAGGAAAACUUAAUUUGACAUCAGGAAGAACCAGAAAAAGUGUCGUGUGUAAAUGCACCCAUUUAUGUGCGCGCAAAACCAAUGGAAGAGGAAAAACUCAGUUUUAACUUACCCCACUGGGAUACUAACCCCCCCUCUCCCAGAAUGGAAUCUCCCCCCACACUUAGGUAAGGCACAAUUAAGGAUAGUAAAAAAACAAAAAGAAACACUGUUGAUUAGGUUAUGAAAUAAAAAAAAAUGGAAAAAAGAAUCUCUUUGUAAGUGCAUCACUAGAGAAGCAAUAAACUCAAACUAGUUUUGUAA